AUGAAUCAUCAACAUGGCACUAAAAUCUGGGGAAUACUUCCUUCUUUCCUUCCUUCAUUGCUUCCUUCAUUUUUUCCUUCCUUCCUUCCUUUCUUCAUUCAUUCCUUCCUUCAUUCCUUCCGUCCUUCCUUCAUUAAUUCAUUCCUUCCUUCAUUCAUUCCUUCCUUUCCUUUCUUCCAUCCUUCCUUCCUUCAUUCAUUCCUUCCUUCCUUCCUUCCUCCCUUCCCCCCUCCUUUCCUUCUUUCCUACAUUCCUUCAUUUUUUCCUUCCUUCCUUCCUCCCUUCCCCCUCCUUUCCUUCUUUCCUUCCUUCCUUCCUUCCUUCCUUCCUUCCUUCCUUCCUCCCCUUCCGUCCUUUUCCUUCUUUUCAUUCCUUCAUUUUUUCCUUCCUUCCUUCCUCCUUCCCCUCCUUUCCUUCUUUCCCCUUCCUUCCUUCCUUCCUUUCCCCUUCCUUCAUUCCUUCCUUUUUUCCUUCCUUCCUUCUUCCUUCCUUCCCUCCUUCCCCCCUUUCCUUCUUUCCUACAUUCCUUCAUUUUUUCCUUCCUCCUUUCCUUCCUUCUUUCCUUCCUUCCUUCCUUCCUUCCUUCCUUCAUUCGUUCGUUCAUUCCCUUCUUCCUUCCUUCCUUCCUUCCUUCCUUCCUUUCCUUCCUUCCUAUUCGUAUCUACUUUCUUUUCUUCCAACUUCUUUAUCUGUCAUUGGCAAAGUACUCUUCAUAUCUAUCUAUCUAUCUAUCUAUCUAUCUAUCUAUCUAUCUAUCUAUCUAUCUAUCUAAAUCUAUUCAUAUCUAUCUAUCUAUCUGAAAUCUUGAUAUCUAUCUAUCUUUUUAUCUAUCUAUCUAAGUCUAUUCAUAUCUAUCUAUCUAUCUAUCUAUCUAUCUAUCUAUCUAUCUAUCUAUCUAUCUAUCUGAGUCUGAUCUUAUCUCUGUAUUUUUGUUACUUUGUUCUUAUCUGUCUGAAACUCUUCAUGUCUAUCUAUCUAUCUAUCUAUCUAUUUAAGUUUAUUCAUAUCUAUCUAUCUAUCUAUCUAUCUAUCUAUCUAUCUAUCUAUCUAAGUUUAUUCAUAUCUAUCUAUAUAUCUAUCUCAGUCUGUUCUUAUCUAUCUAUCCAUAUCAUCUAUCUAUCCAUCCAUCUAUCUAAGUUUAUUCAUAUCUAUCCAUCUAUCUAUCUCAUUUAUUCACAUCUCAUCCAUCCAUCUAUCUAUCCAUCUAUCUAUCUAUCUAUCUAUCUCAUUCUGUUCAUCUAUCUAUAUCUAUCAUCUAUCAUUUAUUCAUAUAUCUAUCUAUCUAUCUAUCUAUCUAUCUAUCUAUCUAUCUAUCUAUAUCUCAGUCAUUUAUCUAUUUAUCCAUCUAUCUAUCUAUCUAAGUUUAUUCAUAUCUAUCUAUCUAUCUAUAUCUAUCUAUCUAUCCAUCUAUCUAUCUAUCUCAGUCUGUUCUUAUCUAUCUAUCUAUCUAUCUAUCUAUCUCAGUCUGUUCUUAUCUAUUUAUCUAUCUAUCUAUCUAUCUAUCUAUCUAUCUAUCUAAGUUUAUUCAUAUCUAUCUAUCUAUCUAUCUAUCUAUCUAUCUAUCUAUCUAUCUAUCUAUCUAUCUCAGUCUGUUCUUAUCUAUUUAUCUGUCUCGGUCUACUCAUAUCUAUCUACCUAUAA